GGCCGCGGGAAAAUUCAUCGCGAUUUGGCGGCACGGAAUAUUUUGAUCGAUGGUGAUCGAUUUGUUGUCAAGAUAGCCGACUUUGGCCUGGCCCGAGAUCUGGGUGGGGAAUAUUAUCAAGAAUUAGAUUCGGACUUGCCGAUACUUCACAGCCCACCCGAGGUGUUGGAAGAUAGGAAAUGGACAGCCAAGUCAGAUGCGUGGUCAUUCGCCGUCGUCAUUUUCGAGGUGUACACCCGAGGGCAGCGGCCAUAUGGUGAUCAAGUGGACAAAGCUGUCCAAAAGUCGCCGCGCAGAUUAUUGCAUUGGUUGCGGGACGAGAAUAGAUUGAAGAAAGCGGAAAAGUGUCCGGAUGCUGUUUAUCAACAGGUCACGAUGCCGUGUUUCCAGUUCGAAUGGCGCAGGCGUCCGGAUUUUACUACUAUCCUCGAAGCCCUAGAGCGUAUCCGUGAAGUGAAUGGCUAUACAUACGAUCCGGUUGAAGGCGCAUCGCUGGACGAGGUGGAUAUGGACUUAUCCCCGCGGACCCCAAAUCAGCAAUCACUGCCAAUCAACGAGCUAUUCAACUACCACGGCACGUCUUCAUCUCUCAGCGGUUUCUAUCGACCUUCAUCACCCAAU